AUGCCGCGUUCUCGUAAUCAAACUUUCCUCGACGCCGUUGCCCAGAUUUUAGGCGGCGGCAGUCGCUCCUCGGCCCAGAUCCGAAGCUUUGUAGACAGAUAUGGCCCUCUGCACGCUUUCCCCAUGUACCAAUACGCGGCGCCUCCGGGCUCAAACGCGCGUAGAGUAUGGGAGAGCACGUGGGAGGCGUAUAAUCGUGCUGCCGGAUGGGAGGCCGAGCAGGCCCGACUGUCCGCUGAGCUGCGUAGGCUUUCGCCAGAGGACGCGGAUUACCCUCGACUAAUGCAGGAGCGCGACCAAGCAGAAGCAAACUCCAACGCUGCAAGGAGUAACAUGGAAGCUGCUCAUAGUCAGGGGGGCAGCAGCGUUGUGGAGAGCGUGAACGAAGAAGUUCAGCGGGAGGUGAACCGUCAGAUGCAGCCCGAAGAGGUGCGCGCAGGCCCGCAGAUGACGCAGGAAAUGGCCGACUAUUACAAUGGGAGGCCCAAUGUGCAGUAUACUCAGAUGGACGUUGAGCAGUACCGAGUGUACAGCGAGAGUAGUCAGGCGGAGCCGGCGCAGGGCAGCCAGGCUGGGCAGGCUCAGAGUAGUCAGUCUACUAGGCAGCAGCGGCACAGUAAGUCUGGGAAGUCCCAGGGUUCCAAGUCCCAUCGCUCGCGCCGGCAUUAG